AUGGAAAUUGAAAUUCGUCCAUGGGAAUUGCAGAAAACAGAAGAGAAAGAUCGUUAUGUGCUGCCCAUGGUCAGAUUAAAGGAAAGUGGCGAACUCGACUUUCCAAUAACCAAUGACAAUAUCAAAGCCGUCAUUUUUGACAUGUUUUCAGCUGGAACUGAAUCUUCAUCAUCAACACUUGAUUGGACAAUGGCAGAACUAAUGAAGCACCCGCGUGUAAUGAGAACUCCAAAUAUAAAAAAAAUUCGGAAAAAACCGUGCGAGAUCAAAGUAUUUCUUGAAUUCCAAGUGAAGAUUCUUAUUGCGUGUGUACAAUAUCACCUAUAA